AUGAAUGAAUCAAUAUUUAUUAAAGAAUUUAUAAAAAUUUUAAUUAAAUGUAAAUUAGGAAAUGAAGAAGAUUGGUUUAUUGAAAUAAUUGAUAAAGUUUGGAUAUGGGCAGAUAAAUUUCAAAUUAAAAUCAUUUCAAGAGUAAAUGAAAACAAAGAAUUAAUAGAACCAAUUAAUAAGAUAUGGAAUGAUUCUCUAAAACAAAUUUCAUCAGAAAUAAAUCUUAAUAAAAUUUGUAUAUUAAAUUUACAAAAAGAAAUUUCAUUCAAAUAUUUACUAGAAUUUGAAAAUAUUAAAGAAUUCAUUUUAUCAUUAUUUUUAAAUAAUUUACUUUUAACAGAAUAUCAAUUAUUAAUUUGUUUAAAUUCAUUUUUUAAUAAUAAUAGUAAUUUAUCUUUAAAUGUUAUAAAUAAAAUUAGGGAAAUUUCAUCAAAAAAUAGUUUUAAUAACUUAUUAAAAGAUUUUAAUUUAAAAUUUCAAGAAUCAAUAUUUGGAGUAAACUUUAAAACAAAUAUUAAUGAUAAUAAAAACAAUAAUGAAUUAUUUUUAUUUCCUUCAAUUCAUAUAAAUGAAAAUCUCGAAAGUAGAGCAAUAGCACAACUUUUAUUAAAUAAUUUUUUAAAAAUACAAACAAAUAAAGAAAAAGAAGAAAUAGAUCCUGAAACUAUAAAUGUAAUUUCAAAUCUUUAUAAUAAUGAUACAACAGUCUUUUUAUGGAUAUUAUUAAUUUUAUCAUUUAAUAUAAAUAAUAAUAAUAAUAAUAAUAAUAAUAAUAAUAAUAAUAAUAAUAAUAAUAAUAAUAAUAAUAAUAAUAAUAAUAAUUAUAAUAAUUUAAUUGGUGAAAUGUUAACAUUAAUAGAAAAAAGCAAACUUGUUAAAAAAGUAAAAUUCUUUUUAUGUAGUGACAAUUAUUUAUUGAUGUCAGUGACAAAAUUAAAUUUUAAUUUCUUCCAGUUAUAUCAAGAUGCCUUAUUUUCAUUAAUAGAAUAUUAUCUAUUCAAUGAAAAUUCAAAAGAGAUUAAUAUAGAUUCCGAUUAUUUGAAUUAUUUAAAUUCCAGUUUAUUAUCAUUGCUUCAAUUAACUUCUCCAAUUUUAAUAAAUCAACCAUCACAACCAACAUCACCACCACAAAAUGAAAUUAAUAAUAAUAAUAAUAAUAAUAAUAAUAAUAAUAAUAAUAAUAAUAAUAAUAAUAAUAAUAAUAAUAAUAAUAAUAAUAAUAAUAAUAAUAAUAAUAAUUCAAUUACUAGUAUAAGACAUUUAGUUUUAAAUUCAAUUAAUCAAAGAAUAUUUGCAACUAAAACUUUAAAAACAAAUGAAAUUUCAAAAGGAAAUGUUUUAAAAAUGCUAAUCGAUUUAAAAAACUCAAAUUCAAUUAAAAAAUAA